CUUCCAGAGACUCCCUGUUAGCUACAAACACCUCUCUGCUGCCACAGUCUCACUGCUGCAAAGUCACACAAAGUAUAUAUGACUGCUGUAACAUGAGCGUCCACACACACCUGCAGAUCUGAAGAUGACGGGCCAGGCAGCAGAGAGAGAACGGUCUCCUCAUAAUCUGUCAGUGAAGACCACACUGGAGGAGGAGAUAGAGAGAGCCGAGAGUAUUCUCAGCAGGUAACAACAAAUUUAACAUGUUUUCAGAGAGAAAGAAAGAGAAGAAUGUGCUGCACAAAAAUGUGAAAUUUUACAUGAUUUUUCUCUUGUUUGUCUCCACAGGGUACCAUCUGUGUGUGAUGACACAUCCUCAGAGCUACAAAGAGUUGCUGCCCUCGACCCUCAAGGGAGAGGCUCCAGAAACUCUUUUCAGCGAAACGGAGCGAUCUCAAGGUAAACCUGUGUCAGCUCAGCCGUGGCACAUCUGCCCUCUGUACAAAGCAAUUUAAAACAUGACCAAUCAAACUUUAGCAUUUUACAAAAGCUUAUAACUGAUUUUGUAAAGUUUUGAAAAGGUAUAAACCAUGUUUGUUCAAGUCCUGUUUAGAUGCUGGUCCUACUUUGAAAACAAUUUUGUGCCAGAGACACAUAAUUAGGUGAAAUAAAUGCAAUAUUGUUGCAUUAAAGUACUUUGAGCAGUGCAUGUCUUAAAAACAAAUAUUUAAGCAAACUGGAAAGAUGAACUUCAGUUGAAGACCAUUAGAGACAUUUUAUCCGCUGAAAUUAAUCUCAGUCUAAAAGGGGAUUUUAGUCCAGUUUGGUGGUAAAAGAUUUCAAGACUCAUUAAAAACAUUUAAACUGGAUGCCAGGAUGAAAAUUUCACGAUCACAUAUAUAUAUAUUUUUGCAAGCUAGUAGGUUGAAAGCUCACUUUUUCCAUUUUAACAUCAAAUUAGUUUAAUUAAUUUGGAUUCCUCUGUAAAAUCAUCAAACCAAAUAGUCUAGUCUUGGUCUAGCAUAGAUCUAAAUUUCUUGAUAUACCCCAUUAGGCCCAAUCAUUUUUGGGAACAAAAACUGUUGCCCACGUAUCCCUCAAACUCUGUCCAGGUUAUAAAGAUAAGUAUUCUGAUUAUUUGAGGUGUUAGGAUGUGUUGCCGGACUGAAUUACCUGUAUUUUAAUUUUAGUCUGAAUAUUCAUUUCUGAGGACUUUGCUUCUUUUCUUUUUCUGUGUUUCUGUGUCAGACUGGUGAGCCUAGUGUUGAGACUGAGGGAAUGGGCGCACAGGAGCCUGCUGGAGGAAGAAGAGCGACCCGACUCCUUCCUUGAGCGUUUUCGUGGUCCAGAACUCAGGACAGCCCCAAGCCGCACCAGCAACACCCAACCUGAUGCCAAUGGUAACAGUGCCAAAGGAAUCUUUAGGUAUGUCUACUUGUCUCCAUGAAAUAUUACUUUAGUGUGCACAAUACGCAGUAGGUUUAAUGCAACCUACACUCAAUCAUUCAUUAAUAGAUUUUACACUCUGUAGAGUCAUUUGUCAGCUGUUAUUGUGCAGGGCUGAUAUUUAGGUUGAGUUUUUUAAUAUCACAAUGACAAGAGAAAAUUAGCAGGUUUUUGUUCAUCCUAGGCUUUACUCAGCAUACAUUUACUAUAAAAAUCUUUAAUGAUAUAAUCUAUAAUCUCUUUAUUGAAGGAAAAAGUGGGAUCUCUUUGUGGUGUCACCAGCUGAUAAUGCCUACUACCGCUGGUUGUUUGUCAUUGCCACAGCGGUGCUCUACAACUGGUUCCUUGUUGUUGCGAGGUAAUAACAUCUUAGUAUAUUUGGAGUCUUGCAGCCUUCCUGUGAUGCUAAAUGAACAAAGUGAAUGUGUGUGCUCAUAAAACUUAAUCUGAUUUUUUUUUCACAGGGCAUGCUUUGACAAGUUACAGGUUGGCAACUAUAUCUGCUGGCUGGUGCUGGACUACAUCUCUGAUUUUGUGUACCUCAUGGACACCUGCGUCCGACUCCGCACAGGUAACUCAAAUUACUGAUAUGGUGUACAUUUGAGUUUGUGAAUAAACUAUGGCAAAUUUGUUGAAUGCUGAAAUAACUUUUGUUCUUUUCAGCAAUUAAAACAAUGCUUGGAUAAACCAUGACACUUCUAGAAACUAUUACGUGUGUAUCCUCUGCAUCUGAAUGCAACAUUUUGGUCACAAUUCACAGUAUGUAUUGUAUCUAGUUUUAAAGGGCUAGUUUGACAGGUUAAUGUUAUUUAGGUUAAGUCUUGUGGAUACCACUUAGCACAAACUUUAAUCACACUGAUAAAUUACAAGCUUUAAACAAAGCACUGACACGACACAGGUUGGCUGUUAUGUCAGCGCUGUCAGAGAAUUGGCAUCAGUUCAGUAUCCCCCCCAGAACCACUUUGAUACAAACAAACACAAACAUGCUAUAAAUAUUUAACCGUAGAAGGCUAAACUUGUUCUUCUGUACAGGUGUGAUAUAAUUUUUAUUAUUGUUUGGCUUGGCUGAGUGCACUGAAAGACAUAUUGCAUAAAACAAAUCUUGCACUUAGGGGUUGCAGAGGUGAUGCAGGUUGCAGCUCAGCUUGCAGCCCCUUGGGGAAGAAUGUUAGAUACCCUGAUUUUUAAUAUACUACAUGACUGUUUUGUUUUGUUAACCAGUUACUGAGAGUCUGCUGGCUUUGAGAGAUGCUACACUCUCCCCUAGCUAUGCUAUGCACCGCUAACAGUAGACAUAACAAAUAUUUCUAUAAGGACUUUGGUCUGUGAAAGUUUAUUGCAUUUACUUGAGGGUAAAAAAUCCUUCUGCUUGUUUGAUUUAUUCAGGUCCUUCAAUAUCCUGAAGACAACUCACAGCCGAGAGCGUUCAUAGACUGUAAACCAUUAAUCCAAUAUAAUUUUGGUAUGGGUUUGAGGCAUUGGGUUACACCGACGUAUUUAAGUAACCAUGCUGUUAUUAAUGGUUACCAGUGUUGUACCGGUGUGCUGUGCAGUUUUUCAGAUGUAAAGCUAAUUCUAAUCUGCAGAAGAUGCAACAUUUCACCAAGAUUUGAGCCAAAGCAUUGCAUGCUUGGUGGAUAAAACAGGAUUCAUUUGAUACACAUUCUGGCUCGCUACAUGACAACUUAACGGGCAACUGGACAAAUGCUUAAAAUACAGGAUGGCCCCCCAUUUACUGCAAAUGAGGUGCAGUGUCAUGUCAAUUCAGAGCAGUCGAGAACUUUUUCUCAUUAAACUUAAAUUUAUAUUCAAAAUAAACUUUUCCAACUUUUCCUUGGAAAAAUGUCUCAAGUGAAUGUAAUACACCUUUGUGUCUGUCUUCAAUAUUCGAUAAGUUAAGUUUAGAGGGAGCUGCUGUCAAUAUUGUUUGGUUUGACAAGUUCAUCCAUACAUUUGUAGAGGUAAAGAGUGAGCUUGGAUGACUGUGGCUGAUUUUGUUCCUGUUUUGUGUCUCAGGGUUUCUGGAACAAGGUUUGCUUGUAAAGGACCAUGCCAAACUCAGAGACAGCUACGUCAGGACUUUACAGUUCAAGUUGGAUGUACUUUCCAUCCUGCCAACUGACCUUGCAUAUAUCUCUACUGGCAUCCACACACCACAGCUCAGGUUCAACCGUCUGCUGCGCUUCCCACGCAUGUUUGAAUUCUUUGACCGCACAGAGACACGUACCAACUACCCGAACAUCUUUCGCAUUGGCAACUUGGUGCUCUACAUCCUCGUCAUCAUUCACUGGAAUGCCUGCAUCUAUUAUGCUAUCUCUAAGUCUUUGGGAUUCGGCUCAGACACUUGGGUUUUCCCAAACAUCUCCAAGCCUGAGUAUUCCUCCCUCACUCGGAGUUAUGUCUACUGUCUGUACUGGUCCACUCUUACUCUCACCACCAUCGGAGAGAUGCCAGCACCAGUGAGGGAUGAGGAGUACCUCUUUGUGGUCUUUGACUUUCUUGUUGGGGUGCUGAUCUUUGCCACAAUUGUGGGGAACGUCGGAUCAAUGAUUGCAAACAUGAAUGCCACACGAGCCGAGUUUCAAGCUCGUAUUGAUGCCAUCAAACACUACAUGCACUUUCGCAAAGUCAGCAGAGACCUCGAAACCCGUGUCAUUAAAUGGUUUGACUACCUUUGGACCAAUAAGAAAGCAGUGGAUGAACAGGAGGUGCUAAAGAACCUGCCAAACAAGCUGCGGGCUGAGAUUGCUAUUAAUGUUCACCUGGAGACGUUGAAGAAAGUACGAAUUUUUCAGAACUGUGAGGCAGGACUGCUGGUGGAGCUUGUCCUCAAACUUCGCCCACAGGUCUUCAGUCCAGGAGACUACAUCUGCAGGAAAGGUGACAUAGGAAAAGAGAUGUAUAUCAUCAAAGAGGGGAAGCUGGCUGUGGUGGCUGAUGAUGGUGUCACGCAGUAUGCUCUUCUCACAGCUGGUAGCUGCUUUGGGGAAAUCAGCAUCCUGAACAUAAAAGGAAGUAAGAUGGGAAAUCGGCGGACAGCCAAUAUUCGCAGCUUGGGCUACUCUGAUCUCUUCUGCCUCUCCAAGGAUGACUUGAUGGAGGCAGUGACCGAGUAUCCAGAUGCUAAAACUGUCCUAGAGGAGCGGGGCCGGGAAAUCCUGAUGAAGGAGGGUCUGCUGGAUGAGAACGCAGAGAGCGGUGGGCUGCAUAAAGAGGACACAGAGGAGAAGGUGGAGAGGCUGGAGUCCUCUCUGGACACUCUUCAGACUCGCUUUGCCCGCCUGCUCACUGAAUACACACACACUCAGCUGCGGCUAAAGCAGCGGAUCACGCUGCUCGAGCGCCAGCUGAAUCAAACAGACUGUGGCGCAGAUGCAUGUGAGGAGAACGAUGUGGAUGCAGAGCCGGUUAAUGAGAGAAACUUUGGGCCUGUUGCCAGUGCAGAUGGGUCUCCUCUUUGUAAUAGUGAACAAAAAGAGGACCAAAAAAGUCCUUAA